AGGAAAAAGCUGGGCAGAGUAUUGGAAAACCUCUAUUUGAACAGCUGAUGUUCUAUGAUCAGACACAUGUUGAUCAAUUUGUUGCCAAUUAUACCACACCUACAUCAAACAAGGAGUGUCAUGGUUUUCUUGCUGGGAAUGCUGUUCGAUCAAUGAAUCGCUACAGAGCUCUUGAUGAAACAGCAAUCUUUGGGCGAGGCUGUCGACAUGAGUUUCCUAAAAAAUUCUUAAAUUUGAAACAUGGAGAGAGAUUGAGCUAUGCAGUUUAUGUUCUCCAAGAAUUAGAGAAAGAUAAUGCUGAUAAACCUGCACUCAAAAUAAACAUAUUGUAUGAUGUUGCAUGCAUGUUGGUGAAACACUUACAGAAUUUGGAGGAUCCAAUUAUUGACAUUUUUCAAUUUUCAAUUCCAAUUUUUCACUGCUAUGGCCAUGUUGGACGAUGCCAAGUUAAAUUUAGUCCCCGUCGUAAAGAAGGAUUUGGCCUAACUGACGGUGAGAUGUUGGAGAGAUUGUGGGCUUACAUUCGCAAAUUUAGCAGAAUGACUAAAGAAAUGCGUCCAAGUCACAGAGUUGAUGUACUCAGUGAUGCUCUUUUACAUUAUGGAAAGAAAACGAAGAUUAAUUUAGGCAAUUUGCUGAUGGCAAGGAUGAAGCGAGCUGUUGACGUGGAAGAAACUGCAAAAUCAGAUAUUGAAAAGUUAUGCAGGUGCUUUCCGUCUCACAGGAUUUCAAUAGAUAAUAUUCGUGAGUGGAUGAAGGACGAAUCGACUUUUUUUGGUCGUGAAGUUGAGACUGAAGAAGAAGAUUGGAAAUGCAAGUACGUUAUAUACCUGGACUUGUACGCUGAUCUUUACCAUCGAUGGAAUGGUUGCACUGAUCCAAGUGAACUGACUGUUCGAUUUAAUCAGAUGAAAAAAAUUGACGAGCAGUUGAAGAUCAUGGAAAGGGAAAACUCAAUUUCUGCACGCUGGCAAAAUACUGACUCAGAGUACGAAAAUGCAAAACGCGAGGUUGCGUCUAGGAAAGAAAAACGUGUUUUGUCUCGAAUGAGGAAAAAUGUUGUUGAAAGAUGGUUUCUCCUAAAUCUUAAGUCUAAAUACUGUGAUAGUCAAGCGUUGGCAUCCAGACUUUCGAAGCAAAUUACUCGAGUAACAAAGGAUGUCAAUAAAGAUAUCGCAGCUUAUAACGAGGCAAAAGAAUCACAUUCUAAUCAUUCACAUACCGCAUUAACAUUUGAUGCUGUCAAAGAUCCUGACAAUGAUUUUGGUGUGAAUAUCUAG